AUGGUGACCAGUAAUGCGGCUCUUUUCGCCCGAUAUAAGAAGAGGGCGGCCGAGGCUGGUGGGGCUCCUCCCGAGCCCAAGAAGAAGGCCAAGUUGGCCUCAACUUCCGCUCCCGCCGAGAGGGCGGGUCCUAAAGCCGGGACUUCCGGAUUCGUCCAGAAGGAAACUCCAUCUGCCGAGCACGCGGGCUCGGGCUCUAGGGGGGCAAGGGAUUCGGUGCCCCCAGCCUGCCCGGCCUCCAUCUCCCAGCGGCCGGGUCGGCAAGUUGUCCUCCUGCGGCGCUCGGGUCCCAAACCGGGCCACAGCCUUGGAGUCCCGAGCCCCUCUCAUCCUUCUGCUCCGAGCUCCGGCCGGCCAAGCUCAUCGAGGGCUGACGUCCCAAGCUUGCCCGAGGUCGGAGGCCGCUCCGAGAGGGGGCCUGAUGGCCCGGAGUCUCCGACCAGUGAGGGCGAUUCGGCCCUCCAUGAUAGCAAUGUCGCGCGCGAAAUAUUUCGCCGCGUGUUGUUCCCAGCUGACUGGGCCGAGUUUGAGACCAUCGAUCCCGACAGCCUUGUUGAUCAGAUCUACUGUACUGCCAUCCAACAUCUUCAUGAGAUCAACAUGCUGGUGCUCAUAGCGUUGGAGUGCCAGGAGAAGGCUCGAAGGAGCCAAAGGCAGCAGGAGGGGGCCGAGAAGAGGCUCGCCGAGUCCGAGGCCGCGCGGAGGGAGGCCGUCGCGAGGAUGGAGGCUGCAGAAUACGAGCGGCGAUCGGCGAUCGACCAACUUGAGGAGAAGAAGGCCUCGCACGCUUUGGCGAAGUCGGAGCUGCGCGCCUCCGAGGCGCGUCUAGUCGAGGCUCGUUUCAAGAUUGCCGGCCGUAAGUAUGAGGAGGGGGUCCUUCGCCUGAAGAUCGAGCAGCUCGAGGCUCGAGAAAAAAGGGCACUGGAGGAGGCUCGAGACGCGGUGCAACUCUUGCAGGAGUCGAAAGAGUUUCCUGAUUUAAUGGAGGAGGAGGCCGUGGACUGA